AUGUGGGGAGAUGGCGCUGGAUCUAGGCUGCCUACUGCGGUGCUAGUCUUAGCUGGCCUCUCUGCUUUCUUUGCUGUAGUAAUAUCUGCUACCGGUAUCUUUCUACAACUCAAAAACUACCGAAAACCAUAUUUGCAAAGGAUGGUCAUUCGAAUCAUGGUUAUGGUUCCUAUAUAUGCAAUAUCGUCUUUCAUAUCUUUGUUCUCACUAGAAGCUGCGUUCUUUAUCGACGCUGUUAGAGACAUAUACGAAGCCUUUGUUAUAUACUGCUUUUUCGUCCUCUUAUUGUCGUAUCUCGGUGGAGAACGCUCUCUGCUGAUCCUCCUGCAUGGCCGUCCACCAAAGGACCCUCCGUUUCCUGUGAACUUGUUUAGACGGGAGAUAGACGUUAGUGACCCGUAUACAUUCCUCUUUUUGAAGCGGGGAAUUCUUCAAUACGUGCAAGUCAAACCCAUACUAGCUAUCGCAACUAUGGUCUUGAAAGCCUGUGGAAAGUUCAACGAAGGCGACCUCCGCGCUAACUCCGGGUACCUAUACGUCAGUAUCAUCUACAACGUCAGCAUUUGCCUGAGUCUUUACUGUCUCGCCAUGUUCUGGAUAUGCGUCAACGACGAUCUCAAACCAUUCCGUCCAAUGCCCAAAUUCCUCUGUGUCAAGGGAAUUCUCUUUUUCUCUUUCUGGCAAUCUAUUGGCGUUUCCAUCAUCGUUGCCGCCGGUGCUAUCAAGCAUUUAGGUCCUUACACCGAUCCGGAAAGCAUCUCACUCGGACUCACCGACACCCUGAUCUGUGUGGAGAUGCCUUUCUUCGCUAUCGCUCACAUAUUUGCUUUCUCUCAUACCGACUUCAUUGACCGAGACAAGACAUUCAUCGGGCGAAUGCCGAUAUCUUAUGCAUUCCGGGACGCUUUCGGCGUUAAAGACGUCGUUGAAGAUACGAAGACGACUUUACGUGGCGAAGGGAUGGAUUAUCGGGAAUUCGAGCCCUCUGAAGGAUUCAUGCAUCAGGGUCUAGGGAGAGAACGAAGGAUACGGGCGGGUCUGAGGUACAGCAAAGGCGGGAAGCGAAAAUACUGGCUGCCGACGUUUAGUGCAGCUGAACCUCCCGGACGUAUCGAGCGCGGUGUGGACCGAGUCGUGCAGAAGGUUGCUGGAAGGGAUCAAGCUGAAGAUGUCUAUGCACCGUUGUUACAAGGACAGGCUGAAGACGUCGUGCAUCUGGCUCCUGAUAUGAUUGACGAUAGUGACGAACUGGUCGAUCUAUGGUCUUCUUCGCGCGUCGGAGUUGAAGAAGGAUUCGACCUACCCUUCGGAGAUCUCGAUGACGACGACGAGGCGCUCUUCGCACACUGUAAACGAUAUCUUUUCGGUGACUACAACUACCCAUGUAUCGACGCCAGUACCGAAUUCGCUCGUGCAGCUAUCUGGGACGAAGAAGAGCGGAUUUUGCGAGACGAACACGGGGCGUGGGUUUCCCCAAUUCGUGGAUCAAAAGGACUUGUGAAUAUACAACAACAAAGGCAUGUUCCAGGAGGUUAUGGUGCUAUGGGGACAUCGAACCGACAGUAUGUUGAUGAUGCUCGGGAAGAGAGAGUUAUCGAUAUGGAGUUGGAGAGAGAAGAACGGAAGGUAACGGGGGCUGUUAAGAUGCAGUGGGCUAGGAAUAAGAAUCAGACCAGGCCAUCAGGCUCGGGAUCGCGCUCUCCUCAAACAGGGAAUGGCAGUCGCCCCACGUCUCAUUCUCCCAAUGUCCGGGUACGGGUGGAAAGUGCUGGUAGUAGUAGUACUCCUAGUGCAUCAACACCUUCACGGACGCCUGCAGGGAGCCCUGGCGCAAGUCGACUACGUAGUCUACCCAACCCUUUAUCGCGAAGCAAUUCAUCGAAUAAUGAAUCACGUACCCCGCCACUACCUCCAGACGCCGUCGAUUUGGUAGUAGAGGCGUCCGAGGAUGACGAUCCCAAGAAAAGACUUCGGAAGGUCUACCGUCGAGGAUUCGUUGCGAGGGAUGAGCAAGGGCAUCCGGAAGAAAGAGGCGAGAUCGAAGUAAAGGGACACGGACGAGAUAGAGUUGAGGCUGGAGAGGAAAUUGCGGAAGCCAUCGAGGAUGAAGGAGAACAUGUUGAAAGUGCUGUCGAGCGUGUUGAGGGUGACGAUGUUGAUCUGGAAGUGGAGAUUGACCGCGAGACUACCACUGGCGUCGCAGAACAAGAUAGUCACGGUCAGGAUGUAGUCAUUGCGAGGUCGACUACUCCACCAGCAUAUGCACGACCACGGUAUGAUUUGGACGAUGAUAAUCCUUGGGCUUGA